UCACUUCCGGCAUCCACUGACAGUCCACCAGCGAAAAGAAAACACAAACAUAACAUAGCGAGUGGCUUCCGGAUAGGUUCACGCAGGGGCAUGUGAUCGGACGCGCUGUUGAAAAGCGGCUCUGCCCACAUCAAAGGGCAAAGACAAUGGAUCAGUCCUACGAUGAAGAGGAGGCUCGCACCUUUGUGCAGGUCAUCAGCGACAAGUACAACACGGAGAACUUCCCGUACGGCCAAGGCGUGGGCGUUGUGGUGCUGCCCUCGCCCCCUGGGUCACCCACCAAAGGUCGCCUGUUCUUACCCAGCGUGCUAGUUUUGAACGACUGCGGCAUCAAAAAGGCGGGCGACAAGUCCAACAUCGCCGCUUUCUGCGCCCAUGUGGUCGAGCUGGACCUGUCCUACAAUGAGAUCCACGACUGGGCCGAGAUCUGUGCCAUCGUUUCCAACGUCCCUCGCCUAAACUUCCUCAACCUGAGCAUGAACCCGCUAAGCGGCGCCACGCUGGAGCCGUGCAUGGCCGAGGUGUUCGCCCGGGUGCGGCGGCUCGUCCUCAUCAACACGCACGUCAGCUGGGAAACCGUGCACGCGCUCACGCAAAACACGCCCGAGCUGGUGGAGCUCUUCCUUUGCCUGAACGACUACCACGUCGUGUCCCAGUCCUGCACGUCCUGCCCCUCCCUGCGACUGCUGCAGAUCACCGACAACCACCUGCGCGACUGGGCGGAAGUGCGCAAAUUCGGACAGAUGUACCCCAGCCUCAGCGAACUGGUGCUGGCCAACAACAACGUGGAGUGCGUGGGCGACACCCGGGAAGCGCUGCAGCGCCUCUUCCCCAACUUACGCUGCAUCAACCUCAACAACUCAGGACUGAGCAAGUGGGAGGACAUCGAGAGGCUGAAUUUCCUCCCCAAGCUCCGAGAACUGAAAGUGAUGGGGAUUCCGCUGUUGCAGCCAUACAGCACACAAGAGCGCCGCAGCCUCCUUUUAGCACAGCUGCCAAAUGUCUUGGUGCUGAAUGGGGGUGCGGUGUCCGAAAACGACAGGGAAGCUGCUGAGAGGGUCUUCAUCCGAUACUACCAGGACUGUCCGGAGCAGGAGCGCCCGCACAGGUACAGCGAGCUGGUAUCCAAGUACGGCCAACUGGCGCCAUUGGCCGACGUGGACCUGAGCCCCCGCUGCACAAUGGUGGACGUGCGCUGGGGCGACAGGGUGGAGGCGGUCAGCCUCCGCCUGGAGCAGACGGUGGGCGAACUGAAGAAGCAGCUGAGGGCGCUUCUCCAGCUGCCCAGCAACGGGGUCCGGCUCUUCUACAUCAACCGGGAAAUGUCUGCGGUCUUCGGACCGGAGGAAUUGAAGUGCGGCUUCCGGGCCCUCCACUCGUACAGCAUUCGAGAUGGAGACGAGAUCCUCAUAGUCCCCAAGGUGAAAAGCCGCUGUAGCUCCUCACAUCUCUGAGGUAGGACUCUUGGAUAUUUUGUUUUGGGUUUUUUUGGGUGGGGUUCCACAGGACUCGCUGAACACUUAACUGGAUUAGCUUUGACUUGAAUUUGUCAUUUUAUGCAACAAAAUGUUGGGGCUGGGUUGCACCGUGUUUACCAAAAACUGCUGAGGCCUUGCGAGUUUUGGUUGCUUUGCCUCAAUGAAAGCGGUUUCGAUCAUCGAUAUUCGCGCACUAACCGGGAUAAAAGAUGGAGGCAGGCAGGGCUACCAGAAAGUUGCUUGUAAUUUUGGCUCAGAUGGCUGUUCGACUUGUUUACUGCAAAAGUGUUUUUGCUCAGGUGCGUACAAUUUCGAUAUGUCAUUCUUAAAAGCUACUGAUUGCAAAAGAGUCCACCUCGUUUAUGCUGAAGUGAUUGCAGCCACUUGAUCAAACAAUUACGACAAUUUUUUUUUUUCGCCCCCGAAUUGAGCAUCCUUGCCUUCCUGCAGAGUCCCUCCCAGACUUGAUGGUAACCAAACACCCGUUGUAGUGUCAGGUCACUUCCUCUGUAUCUACCGGGCUGGCUCGCCAGCGGGUUGGCGGGAGGGGCGUCGACCACCCGUCGGACUGAAUGCCACCGUUCUUCCAUCACCCCGCACAAACCUGACACCUCCAGUGUCCGCUCUUUCACAGGAUGCGGGGUCCCGACCUCUCCCACUGGCUCACGUUGGCCUUCCAAAUCAAAAGACAGAAAAUGGAAUACCCACCAACAUGCGGGAAAUUCGAUUCUUAAGACCAGAACCUUUCUGGCAAACUUGCGUCAUAUUUCUGCGAGGAGCUUCUUGGUGUUUUGGUGUAUUUGUACGGACAACACACUCGUCUCGCACAAAAAGUUCACGUUACCUCGACUUUUGAAUAUGUCCCGAGAUGGCAGGAAACUGAAAAUCUGGGUGAGGUUUGGUGGACAUUAUUGGCUGGCAUUUGGUGAACACUACUGUGGGUUGUAACGUGAAUUGUUUGCCAUACGGUGUUGGUUGUUUGUUUGUUUGUUUUUUAUAUAUGCUGAUAAUUGCUUUUAAUUGUGUAUAAAAUGUGACGCUCAACACUGUGCACAUGAGAAUUUAUUACAAUUUUGUACAAAUCUUAAUUUGUACUCGUGCUUGAAUUAUCGCCCAGAAACAUACACACACACACGCACACGCACACGCACACGCAUUUGAAAUAUAUUUGUCAUAUUGGGCCUUUUCACUGAAUUACUUUCCGAUCCGUUCUGAAAUGUUAACAAAAAGUCACUUUGUUUACCUUUGAAAUUUUUACUACGGUAAAUUUUCACAAGAACAAGUUACACCCUCACUUAAGCAAGAUUUCAAAUAUAAGUCGCCAACGUGUAAUGGUUUCACUUGUGCUAUGCCGGUGUAUUAAUUUAUAUUUUUGGGAUCCUUGUUGUCAGCGGUGACUUCAUUUUUGUGUGUUCCAUUUCUCAGUCAUGAUCAUGAUGCCAUUUUCACAGCUCGAUGUAUAAUUUAGCUUUGGCUUCUCUUGAAGAAAUAAAUUCUGAACCGAUCCUA